CACUUAGCGAAUGUUAGCUUCUAAUUUUAGAUAUGACAAUGGAAAAGUAUCCUUUCUUUGUUGCACUGUUUGUGACUGCAAUAACAGGUGGUUUGACGGACAUUAUUCCUCCAGGGGAAUGUAGAGAAUGUUCAGAUGGUUCUGGCUGUGCUUAUAGAUGGCAAUUCUGUAAUGGUUAUAAUACUUGUGACAAUGAAGAGGAUGAAAACGAGGAAAUAUGUAGAGAAUUGGAAUGUAGAAAAGGUUUCAUGAAAUGCAAAGACGGGAUACAUUGUUUUCCUGAGUAUACUUUAUGUAACUACAGACCCUACUGUAAUGAUGGUUCAGAUGAUAAUCAGGAAAUGUGCAAAAAUCGAACGUGUCCGAUUGAUACAACAAAGUGUAGUGAUGGUAUUGAAUGUUUUUCACCAAAAGAUCGCUGUAAUGGUAACGCUUUGUGCAAAACUGGUGAUGAUGAAGAUACAUUAAUGUGCAAAGAUUUUCAGUGCCUACUAGAUGAUGUCAAAUGUGCUGAUGGUUUACAGUGUAUUAAACAGAGACAUCUUUGUAAUGGAAAUAUACAUUGUAAUGAUAAUUCCGACGAAAGUAAAGAGAUCUGUGCAGAUUUUCAGUGUCAACCAGAUUAUGUUAAAUGUGCUGAUGGUUUACAGUGUAUUAGAAAGAGACAUCUAUGUGAUGGAUAUAGAGAGUGUAAUGAUAAAUCCGACGAAAGUAUAGAGACCUGUGCAGGUUUCGACUGUGGUGACGGUAAGAUCAAAUGUCAGGAUGAUAUUCAGUGCGUAUUUAAAAGGAGUCUAUGUUCUGGUUUUAAAGAUUGUAAUGAUGGAUCUGAUGAAACAAAGGAAAUAUGUAAUGAUUUUGAGUGCCCAGAUGGUAAAGUUAAAUGUAGGGAUAAUAUACAAUGUAUUUAUAAAUCAGGCCUAUGCAAUCAGUAUGUAACCUGUAAUGAUGGUUCUGACGAGGAUGAAGAAAUGUGUAAAGCUCUUCCUUGUAAAGACGACAAAACUAAGUGCGCGGAUGGUGUUGAAUGUGUCCCUAAAUCAACUGUUUGCGAUGGAACGAAACAUUGUUAUGAUGGGUCUGAUGAAGAAGAAGUGAUGUGCAAGGCAUAUGUUUGCUCUGAGUGGGAAAUGAAAUGUGCUGAUGGACAACAAUGUGUCAGUAAACAAAGUUCGUGUAAUGGACAUGCAGAUUGUAACGAUAAGUCAGACGAAGAUCCAGGAUUUUGUCGAGAUUUUAGCUGCGAUGAAAACAACCAAAAGUGUUCAGAUGGAUUACAAUGUGUCAGUAAAUACGUUUUAUGUGAUGGAAACAAAGAGUGUACAGAUAGAUCAGAUGAAGAUCCAGACUUUUGUAGAGAUUAUAGCUGCGGUGAUUACAACAAAAAGUGUUCAGAUGGAUUACAAUGUGUCAGUAAAUACAGUGUAUGUGAUGGAAAUACAGAUUGUACAGAUAGAUCAGAUGAAGAUCCAGACGUUUGUAGAGCAAAGGAAUGUGACAACGACAAAGUUAAAUGUGAUGAUGGCAUACAAUGUAUUUAUAAAUAUCAACUAUGUGACAGAUACACACAUUGUAAUGACGAGUCUGAUGAGGAUGAACAUAUGUGUAACGCUAGAACCUGUGAACCUGGCGAAACAAAGUGUGCAGACAAUUAUAACUGUAUAGACAAAGACAAUGUCUGUAACGGAUAUGCGAACUGUUAUGAUGGUUCGGAUGAAGAACCAGUAGCAUGUAAAGAACACAAAUGUAUAAAAGGUAGAGCUAAAUGUGCGGAUGGACUACAAUGUUUUCGUCAAGAAGAUAUAUGUAACGGCCAUGAAAACUGUCAUGACGGUAGUGAUGAAGAUAAAGAAAAAUGCCAAACAAGAAAAUGUCCUUAUGGUACUAGAAGGUGUAGUGAUGACUAUCGAUGUAUUGAUGCACAAAGGUGGUGUGAUGGACGCGAUGAGUGUUCAACGGGAGAAGACGAAGAUCCCGAUAUGUGCUUACAUUAUGAGUGUCCUAUCGGAUUUCUGAAAUGCAAAGACGGAAUGCAGUGUAUUCGUCAUUUUUAUUUGUGUGAUGGGAACUCCGUUUCAGAAGUGGGAUGUAAAGAUGGUUCGAAUAAUGAUACAGAUUUUUGUGCAGCCACCGAAUGCGCACUGUAUUUUGCCAAAUGUCCUAAUGGUUAUGAAUGUGUACACCAGUCAAUGAUAUGUUCUGGAGAACAACAAUGUAGCGGCGAGUCAGAAGAUGGUCAACAAUUUUGUAAAACACACAGUUGUGGUGACUUGAUGUCCAAAUGUGAUAAUGGCUACCAAUGUGUGUACGAGUUCAAGAAAUGUGACGGCGUAAUAGAUUGUACAGAUGGUUCAGAUGAGAAUCCAGACCUAUGUGUAGAGAAUCGUGGCUGUCCAGUUGGUAUGGUGAAAUGUGAAGAUAAAGUUCAGUGUAUUUACGAAGUACAGUUUUGUAAUAGAUUCCAUGACUGCAUGGAUAAAUCUGACGAAAGCCCAAAGAUUUGUACAAAAGACAGAACUUGUCCAACUGGGAUGUCUAGAUGCUCCGAAAAUGACCCACAAUGCAUAUAUGAUAGUUGGUUCUGCAAUAACCAAUCAGAAUGUGAUAACAGAGCGGAUGAAAGUCACAAUAACUGCUUUAAUCGUCCAGAAGGAUCCAUUAAAUUGCCGUGGCUUACAUAG